CAGUCUUCCUUUCCUCUGUACCCCCAUCUCUUCCUAGCCUUCCUUUCUUUCCUGACCUUUAUCUCCUCCUCUCUGACACCGGCUCCAUCUCUCUUCAGCCUUCUUUCUGUCCAUCUCUUUCUUGCCUAUUCUCCUUUUGACAACCCACCUCUUCCGUCCAGCACUGAAGAGUCCCUGCGGGGUCCUGCAAAUAGCCAUUUGGGGAAGGGGCUAAUCAAAGGGGCCCUGGAGGGUCCAAGAUGCCCAUCCAGAUCUUCUGCACCAUCUCCUUCACUUCAAACCAAGAGAAACACACAGUCAAGUGUGCAACGGACAGCAAUGGUGACAAAUCCCUCUGUGACCAGCAGGAACCAGAAGUCAUGGAGGAGGGUUAUGAAGAGGAAGAGGAACUGGAGGAGGAAGAGGAAGGAACCGCUCCAAAUCUGGCAGCCUUUGCCAGCAGCUGUACUUUGCACGGGGCCAACCAUAUCUUCAUAGGGAGCGGCUUUGGGGUGCGCCAGACCCUCUGGGCAGGUGCAUUCCUGAUCUCGUUGUCCAUUUUCCUGUCCCAGGUAGCUGGGCGAAUCUUCUACUACCUGGAGUAUCACCAUGUCACACUGCUGGAUGAGCUGGAGAGCCCCGAGAUGACCUUCCCCGCCAUCACCUUCUGCAACAUCAACCGCAUCCGGGUGUCUCAGCUCACCUACGACGACCUCUCGUACAUUUCGCCACUCGUGGGCUACGAUGUUGGCGCCUACUUGGAAGCAGGCUUCCCAUUGGCUCCGCCCAGCCUUGAGGUCCCUGACGAACCUCUCAAUCUGUAUAACUUUUAUGACCGCAACAGCCACCAGCUUCAGGACAUGAUGCUGGCCUGUACCUACCGUGGCGAAGCCUGCAGGGCCGAUGACUUUAUUGAGGUGUUCACCCGCUAUGGAAAAUGCUACACGUUCAACUCAGGCCAGUCUGACAGGCCGCCACUCAUCACCAUGAAGGGGGGAACUGGUAACGGCUUGGAGAUCAUGUUGGACAUUCAACAGGAUGAGUAUCUUCCUGUCUGGGGAGAGACAGAUGAGACCUCAUUUGAAGCUGGGAUUAAAGUGCAGAUCCACAGCCAAGACGAGCCACCCUUCAUUGACCAGCUGGGAUUUGGGGUGGCACCUGGUUUCCAGACGUUUGUAUCCUGCCAGGAGCAGCGGCUCAUCUACCUUCCUCCACCCUGGGGUGACUGCAAAUCCGUGACGAUGGAGUCUGAGUUCUAUGAUACCUACAGCAUCACCGCUUGCCGCAUAGACUGUGAGACCCGCUACCUGGUGGAGAACUGCAACUGCCGCAUGGUGCAUAUGCCAGGUGAUGCGCCCUAUUGCACCCCUGAGCAGUACAAGGAAUGUGCAGAUCCAGCCCUUGACUUCUUGGUGGAGAGGGACAAUGACUACUGCGUGUGUGAGAUGCCUUGCAACGUCACCCGCUACGGCAAGGAGCUCUCCAUGGUCAAGAUCCCCAGCAAGGCAUCAGCCAAGUACCUGGCCAAGAAAUACAACCGGAGUGAGCAGUACAUUGGGGAGAACAUCUUGGUACUGGACAUUUUCUUUGAGGCUCUGAACUAUGAGACCAUUGAGCAGAAGAAAGCAUAUGAAGUAGCUGGACUUCUGGGUGACAUUGGAGGACAGAUGGGGCUGUUCAUUGGAGCCAGUAUAUUAACUGUGCUUGAGCUAUUUGACUACGCCUAUGAGGUUAUUAAGUUCCGCCUCUGUCGCCGUGGAAAGUGCGAGAAGAAACACAAAGGAAACAACAGUGAUAAGGGGGUCGCCCUGAGCCUGGAUGACGUGAAGCGCCACAAUCCAUGUGAGAAUAUCCGAGGCCACCCAGCAAGCAUGACAUACGCAGCCAACAUCCUACCUCACCACCCGGCCCGGGGAACCUUUGAGGACUUUACCUGCUAACUGACGACUGGAUGUACAACUAACACUACCAAAGGGAAGGGCCCACGCUGAGCAGCCCUGGCCCAGCCCAGCCCACGAACCUGCCAACCUACUUGUCAGGGCCUCUAUCUCAGACUCCCAGGGAGGCAGCUGAAACCCAGCCCCUCCUCAUCCACCCAAGGCAGUGAUACGCACACGGAGCAAGCUGGACAAAGGCGGCGGGGCCUGUGCUGCCGGGCCCACUCCGGUUUCUGUUCUUGCCCCAACCGAUGCCCUUGGACUUUAACUCAACAGAAGAGCUGCCAGGAGAACCUUCUGCACUGUCAAGUGGAAGUGAGGGCAUGGCCUCCUCCAGUCCAUAUACACAGAAACCCCCAUACACACACUGAGAAGUCUUGUCUGUCCUUUUGCCCCUCCUUCUGUCUCCAUCCUGCUCCAGGUCGACGACAAGCCUUGCAUGGGGGCAGCCAUCUUGUGCAAAGGUGGCCGUUCUCUUUUCAUUUCAAUGCCAAGAACCUACAGGAGUGCC